AUGGAAGGAGAUAAUUUUUAUCAAGAUAUAAAAUAUGAUAUUCUAAGAAUUGAAAGAAAUAUAAAUACAGAGGUUAAAAAAAGAAUAGAAGAAAAUAAAAAUAUACAACAAUUAAUUGAAAGAAGUGCUAAUGAUAUGAUAAAUAAUGUAUUAAAUAAAAUAACAACAAAAAUAGAAAAUAUAUCUUUAGAUCUAGAUAAAAUUAUUAAAAAAUGUGAAGAAUUAGAAAAAGGUGCAGGACAAAUAAAAGUUGAUUUACCAACAAAAAUACAAACUGAGCUAAUAAGCUUAAAAAGAGAAAUUUCUGAUUUUCAUAUUGUUAUAAAUAAAUAUGUACAUAAUAAAAAAAAAAGAGAUAAUAUAUUAUUUGGUAAAAUUGAAAAUAUUGAUGCAUAUAUAAAUAGUAAAAUACAAAGUGAAAUAUCUUUUAAACAUGAAGAUUUAUUAAUUCUUAAAAAUGAAAGUGAAAAAUUGUUAAAUUAUGAUUUGGAUGAAGAUAUUAAUUUUAAAAAUUUAUUUAUUGAUGAAAUUGAAGAAAUAAAAGAUGCUCUUAAUUUGACCAUAAAAGAGCGAGAGAAAUCGGAUGAUGAUAUUAUACAGGCAAUGAACAAAUACACAAGCGUGUUGCAAAAGGCGUUGCAGUCGGUCAUUGCGCGAAGCAGCUAA